GGAUCAAAAAAUUAUUCAAGCCUGGAGGUCGUUACUCGUUAGUGGUAUUCCCUCAGACGCUCCGUUUCCGCGACAGGGUUGAUCUGCCUUCUGCGAAAUUGUCUUUAAUCAAUCCGCAUCAAUGGCGAUGAGGAAUUUCUACAACGAGAUCAAAGGUAAAAAGGUGACGGAAAUUCCCAACCAUGUGAAGCCGAUGCUCUCCUUUGACUAUAUCAAGAAUGCCGUUAAGAGGGGUUUAGACAACUAUGGCGCCAAGUACAUCGAAACCAACUCCAUUACUCCUCUCUACCAUGUAUGCUUUGGAGGCAUGAUCUUCUCCUAUCUCGUUGCGCUUCCCCACGAACGCCGUCACUUAGAGCAUCAGCAGCAUGCUAAGGGGCAUGGCCAUGGCGGCCACUAAUUUCUCCAUCAUCGAUAUUUCAGGAUCCUGGUCGAUGAACUGGAGGUGGCCUUGUGACUUAUGUUCUUUUAAAAUCAUGUGAAUGAAGGCAGAAUGAUACUGUCACAAUUUAAUCCAGCUCAAAGAUGAACGAAAUAAGGGCAAUUUGAUGCAAUACUUAAUUUUCUUGCGUUUAAAUGUCUGUUAAGAGAUUGCAUUGUUUGGUUCUAAUGCUCGAGUUCAGCUGAUAAGAUAUCUUGCUAUUACUUAAAUAUUCGGACGAAGGAAAAUACACCAUGUUUCCUACAAUCAAACACAUCCUACCCAUCUGCAUUUGGGCUUUGUACAUUAUUUUGGCUGUCCAUUCUCUUAAUAAAGCGCUUCUUGGCAUA